AUGGCGCGGAAGGGGGGGUGGGCGGUGGCCAGUGCCCGGCGGCUGGUUGGAAUGGGCACCGCGCCCACCACUCUGCCCCGAGAUGUUGCUGUCAGGAGAGCGACGCCGCCGCCAUCUUCCGGGGGUUUGAAAAUGGCGGCCGUGGCUUACAGCCAAUCAGGAGACAGUACGGGGCUGCUCGAAAACAGGGAGUGUCUUUCCAUUCACAUUGGCCAAGCUGGAGUCCAAAUUGGGGAUGCUUGUUGGGAACUCUAUUGCCUGGAACAUGGAAUCCAGCCAGAUGGAAUCAUUCUUGACCACAGAGCGGAUCUGCUGGGAAAUGUGAAAAUGGAUCAUGUGAAAGCAACUUUUGAUACAUUCUUCUGUGAGACAAGAGCUGGGAAGCAGGUCCCCAGAGCACUCUUCAUGGACCUAGAGCCAACUGUUAUAGAGGGGAUUCGAACAGGCAAAUAUCGAGAACUUUUCCACCCUGAGCAGCUUGUGAGUGGAAAGGAAGACGCUGCUAACAACUAUGCCCGAGGUCAUUACUCUGUGGGCUCAGAGAUCAUUGACCUUGUAUUAGAGAGAAUCCGGAAACUGACAGAACAGUGCAACGGGCUUCAAGGAUUCUUGAUUUUCCGAAGCUUUGGAGGAGGCACUGGAUCAGGAUUUACAUCUCUUCUAAUGGAACAGCUCUCAGUAGAAUAUAACAGAAAGACUAAAUUGGAGUUCUCCGUCUAUCCAGCUCCCAGAAUUGCCACUGCUGUAGUCGAACCUUACAACUCCAUCCUCACCACCCAUUCCACCAUAGAACACUCAGACUGUGCCUUCAUGGUGGACAAUGAGGCCAUCUAUGACAUAUGCCAUCAUAAACUUGGUGUUGAACGUCCGUCUUAUGGCAACAUUAAUAGGCUGUUAGGUCAGGUGAUAUCUUCCAUUACUGCUUCUCUCAGGUUUGAAGGAUUCUUAAAUGUGAAUCUUCUUGAAUUCCAGACCAACCUAGUACCUUAUCCGAGGAUACAUUUCCCUAUGACAACCUUUGCACCCAUCAUCUCUGCGGAGAAGGCCUACUAUGAGGAGUUCUCGGUGGCAGACAUCACUGCUGCCUGUUUUGAAUCCUCUAACCAGAUGGUUAAGUGCAAUCCUCGACUCGGGAAGUACAUGGCCUGCUGCCUGCUGUACAGAGGAGAUGUGGUUCCUAAAGAUGUGAAUGCAGCGAUUGCAGCCAUGAAGUCAAAGAGCUCUGUUCAGUUUGUAGACUGGUGUCCAACUGGUUUCAAGGUGGGCAUCAAUAGGCAAGGGCCCACAGUAUUGCCAGGAGAGGAGCUGGCCAAGGUCCAGCGGGCAGUCUGCAUGCUGAGCAAUACCACAGCAAUUGUGGAUGCCUGGGCCCGCCUGAACCACAAGUUUGACCUCAUGUAUGCCAAGAGGGCAUUUCUACAUUGGUAUCUUAGAGAAGGCAUGGAAGAUGGGGAGUUCUCAGAGGCCAGGGAGGACUUGGCAGUCCUGGAGAAGGAUUAUGAAGAAGUAGGGCGAAGUUUCUGA